GGGUCGGAAUCGCUUCUUCCACCUGUUACAUACUUUUAGUAUACUCUUCUGGGGUACAAGUAACGGGUAUAAAUUUUGAUGAAUCAUUUACCAAAUAUUAAUACUAAGAACUAGACGGCACUUUCCAUCGCUCUAAUUGCCUUUCCCACACCCAAGCUACGAUUCCCAGUACCACGCCAACGUGCCACAUUUCCACAUUCACAAAGGAACCCGAGCACAAAAAAUUUGAGCCCCAAUUGACAAAAUCACGAUUCAUCGAACAACGGCGACGACAACUUAACUCUACGAAGUCAAAGACUCCUCCUGCAAUCCGCCGAAUCCCAAAGAAAUCCGCGAAGAAAAGAAGGGUAAGGAGUGGACGGGCCAGAAAUGUUUGGCAAUUGGAAGUUGGCGGCAACUUUUAGGCCUUUGGGGCGUCUGCGUUGGCUGAUGGAAAGAAGCUGGAACGGCUACCUAGUUGCAUUGUCAGCUAAGCGAUCUUUAAUAGGACUGCACUCAGAACAUUUUUAGAAAUGGUUAGUUAAAAUUGUAAAUAGCAAUUGCUUAUAUUAAUAUACACAAAGUAUUAGUCUAAA